AUGAACGCCCCAGAAGGAACCAGCAAGUUCGUCCCCAAGCAGGCUCUCGCCCCUACCCCGCAGCUUUACGAUGAGCUUGUUGGAGACAGCAUGGAGCAGCUUGCGAAAGCAAGUCUCGCGCAAAUAUCACCAAUCCCAUUUGGAUCAGUAAUUCACGACAAUGGUUGCGGUACUGGCGCCGGCACCGCUGCUGUUGUGGAGGCGAUCGCAGCUUCGAAGGCAGAGGUCUCAAUCAAAGGCACUGACAUCAACGAGAAAGCCCUUGAGGUCUAUCGAAAGCAUGCUGCUGAGAACAAGUGGCCUGCUGAGGCUGAGCAGAUGGAUUCACUCAAGCUCUCAAUUGCCGACAACACCUUUACCCUCACCAUUGGCAACGCUUUUCUGUUUGUGCUACCGAAUGACGGCAUUGAUGCUGUGAAGGAGAUGUACAGAACCCUAAAGCCGGGUGGAAAAAUGCUUGUCAAUUCUUGGGCCUAUGUUCCGAACAUGGAGCCCCUGCAGACAGCAGCCAAAGCAACCAGACCUCCAGGAACUCCACUACCGAGAGAGGGAAUGGCAAAGUGGGCACCGGCAGAUUUUGUACAGAAUGUGGUGGAGAAGGGUGGAUUUGAGAAGGACAAGAUCGUUAUGAAGAAGGCCGAGGUCUACUGCACGACGACUGAGCUUACCCAUUUCGCAACGAUGCUUUGGAGUUUUAUCGGUGGUACUUCUGAGGUUGGAUGGCUUGAGUCUGAUGAGGCGAACUGGGACAAGGCAAUCAACGUGGUCAAGGAAGAGCUCGCGAAGACGGAUGGUUACAAGGCGAUCGAUGGUGGCAGAGCACAAUUGAAGUUCGUGGCCAAUAUCGCCAUUGCCACCAAGUAG